AUGUCUUCCAGCGAUAUAAUUGAAAUCGACGAUUCAGAUUCCGAGCUUGAAUUGAUCGAUAUGACCUCCAGAUCAACUUCGACUUCCAGCUCGACUCGAAGAUCAGGAGACGAUGAUAACAAGAAACGGAAGAGAGAGUGUGUGAUCGAGGUGAUAUCGUCCGACGAUGACGAAGAUAAUGAAGAGAUAAGGACUCAGUUGAAAGAAUUAUCCGUACAAGAAGAGUUAGUCGAGGCCAAAGAGAAACAGACGGAAACACUCAGGUCGUCACAUAGAAACACACCUUCCAAGAGAUAUAGAUCUCACAUUUCGAUUAAUUCUUCAACCUGCCCGCCCGAUCACAUGCAGAGUCAUCACCCCUUUCGAUCUCAAAAUGCAACUGGGUACCGACCACAUCUCAAAUCCCACUUGACAUGGAUAGUAGAUACCACAGACAGCCCUGUUGAGAGACAAAGCACAUACGAUGUGGACGGGUUUGAAGAAAGAUGCAUCAAAAUUUACAGGAAAGGUUUUAUCCAUGAUGAUGUGGAGUUCAUUGUGGACAAUGCUAUCGUGCUGCCUCAUCGUCCUCCCUUAUAUGCACUCAUCCGAUCUAUUUUCACCCUCAAAUUUGAUGAUGUAUCUAUCAAAGACAAACAUUUCGCGCAUGUUCAUUAUAUCAAAUCUCCCAAUCCACACACAGACUCAAGCGGUCGGGAUGGCGAGCUGUUCUUGAGAAAUGCUCAAUGUCAGGAUAUCUCCAUAAAGCAGAUAUUGAAAGGACAGAAACUCGAUUUCGAGCUCAUAGGCGGGAUCAAGGGAAAGAGAAGGGGCAGCUCCAAGUAUUUUUGUCAAUUUGUCGACCAGCCUUCCUUGUCAACUAUACGCGAGCCUGUAUUCCAAGAUGGAUUUGAUCGUUGCGAUUCCUGUGCGUCUCGACACCAAAAGCAUAAAUUCGAUGACCCGCGAGUGCUUGGUGAUACCUUACAUUUCUGUGACGACGGAUACCACAUGCAUGACUUCAUCACCGUCGAUCCUAAAAUCCGAGGGCGACCAUUCCUUAUAGGUCAGAUUCAAGGUUGGAGCAGAGUCAAUGGCCAAUUGAUGGUCAGAAUGAGAAGACUGAAGAGGUUCGGCGAAGUUAUAGGUGCGAAGUACAAUGGAUUUGUAUCAAACCGCCGUCUGGUCGUCACGGACAAAUACGAGGAGCAUCUGGUUCAGUCGAUCAUGGGUAAAGUCUAUGUACUCCCCAAGGAAGAAGACGCACAAUAUCUUGAUGGGCAUAAAGCAUUCUGGUGUUCUGAGGGAAUCACUAAUUCUCACGUUUCGAGUACUAUCGCCGCUCUGCAACGACCUCUUCGAACCUGUUUGUCAUGUCUCGAAGUCGAGAAGCAAAAACAUCAAGACGUGGUGAAUUGUAUCAAAGCCUGUCGAUUUACCGCGGCAGAUUACUACUCUGGAGCGGGUGGUUUCAUUUUACCGGGGCUGGAUAUUUUCGAAUGGGUGUCUGCUACAGAUGCAGAUAAAGUGGCGUGCCAGACAUUGCACUAUCUGAAACGGGAAGCUCCUCGUAUGACUGUACACUAUGGUAGAGUCCGCGAGAUAUAUCAGUAUACGACGAGUCGAAACUCUCCGACAGGUCCGAAGGCUUUCCCCUCGCCUGGCACCGUCUUUUUGAUGACUGGUGGUCCGCCAUGUCAAGGUCAUUCAAGGGUGAAUCAUGCGAACAAUCUUUCCGCUGGUAAAAACCCCGACCCAAGGAACGAUGAAUUGUGGAUUAUGUUAGCGGAAGUCUUCCGUCUACGACCCUAUGUGGUCAUUAUUGAGAAUGUUUCUGCUUUCAAAGAUGAUAAGGGCGGAGAUGCGGGUAUGCAAGGAGAACAUAAUUAUGGAAGAGCGGCGAUGAAGGAAUUGUCUCAGAAUGGAUAUUCAUGUCGCUUGGGGAUCGUCGAUUCUAGAGGUUACGGUACUCCCCAAAAUCGAUUGCGAACAUUCAUUCAAGGUGUUAGAAUGGGAUUAUCAUUACCUGAAUUCCCAACACCUAGUCAUGCCAAUCCCAAGACUACAGCCACUGUCUUCAAAACAGAUAAAGCUGAAUCUCUGAAGCCUUUCUACCUUGGUCAACGAGCUACACCUGGUACUGGCCUUCACCCUGCGGUGACCAUCAGGGAUGCUGUGUCCGACUUUCCUGCUUUCGAAUACUUGCCUCCACCAGGUAUUCCGAGGAUCCCUCGUCGACCUCAGAUUCCAGUCUUCGAGGGCGGAAGGGAUGGUCAACAAGGGAAUCGUACUAGAGUCGGUUUCGCUCACCAGAUACCUUAUGCCUCGACCCCAUCGAAUGACUAUCAGAAAGAGAAGAGGGGAGAGGCCACAUCCGUUCAUGACCAUCAUACAUCUUACGUCACAGAUGGGGCCAAGAAGAUCAUAUUCGCCUCGGCCAGAGAAGCGAAGCCUCAAGGCUGCGAUCGAAGAGCCAUCGGAUCUGAAGGAUUCUCUACCCUUCUCACCAAUUCUUCUCCCGGCCAAAAGGGUACCGCUGUGAUCCACUUUUCGCAAGAUCGCAAGUUCACGAUAGCUGAGAGAAAGAGAGCGAUGGGUUGGCCCGAUUGGCAUCGAUUAGCUGGUUCACCCUUAGAUCAGGACAGGCAGACAGGAAAUGGUGUCUGCUUUGAGUCGGUUCAAGCGAUCUAUUUGGAAUUGGUGAAGGAGAUUAUCUUACCUUGGUGGAUCGAAGCCGGUAGAGCUACUGAAGACGUUUUUGGGAAGUUCAAAAUCGAUCAUCCGUGA